UCGCGGCGCGCGCCGGCCCCGCAAGCACUCGGCCUGCGGGCGAUCUCCUCCGUGGGACCCAGGCUCUGCCCCGCUCCGUGCCCCCGGCCCGAGGAGGAAGAUGCAGACCUUUCUCAAAGGGAAGAGAGUUGGCUACUGGCUGAGCGAGAAGAAAAUCAAGAAGCUCAAUUUCCAGGCCUUCGCCGAGCUGUGCAGGAAGCGAGGGAUCGAGGUCGUGCAGCUGAACCUCAGCAGGCCCAUCGAGGAGCAGGGCCCCCUGGAUGUCAUCAUUCACAAGUUGACCGAUGUCAUCCUUGAGGCCGACCAGAACGACAGCCAGUCCUUGGAGCUGGUACACAGGUUCCAGGAGUACAUAGACGCCCACCCCGAGACCAUCAUCCUGGACCCCCUCCCUGCCAUCAGGACCUUGCUCGACCGCUCCAAGUCCUAUGAGCUCAUCCGCAAGAUCGAGGCCUACAUGAAAGAUGACAGGAUUUGCUCACCGCCCUUCAUGGAGCUCACGAGCCUGUGUGGAGACGACACCAUGCAGCUGCUGGAGCAGAACGGUCUGGCCUUCCCCUUCAUUUGCAAAACCAGAGUGGCUCAUGGCACCAACUCUCAUGAGAUGGCCAUCAUCUUCAACAAGGAGGGUCUGAGCGCCAUCCAGCCCCCCUGUGUGGUCCAGAACUUCAUCAACCACAAUGCUGUGCUGUACAAGGUGUUUGUGGUGGGCGAGUCGUACACGGUGGUCCAGAGGCCCUCGCUAAAGAACUUCUCCGCGGGCACGUCAGACCGUGAAUCUAUCUUCUUCAACAGCCACAACGUGUCAAAGCCAGAAUCGUCAUCAGUCCUCACCGAGCUGGACAAGAUUGAGGGCGUGUUUGAGAGGCCAAGUGACGAGGUCAUCCGAGAGCUCUCCCGGGCUCUGCGGCAGGCGCUGGGCGUGUCGCUCUUCGGGAUCGACAUCAUCAUCAACAACCAGACAGGGCAGCAUGCUGUCAUUGAUGUCAAUGCUUUUCCAGGCUACGAGGGUGUGAGUGAGUUCUUCACAGACCUCCUGAACCACAUUGCUACCGUCCUACAGGGCCAGAGCACGGGCGCGGCUGCCGUGGGGGACGUGGCCCCACUGAGGCACAGCCGGCUUCCAGUGGAGCAGGCAGGCAGCGCGGCCGACGGGCGGACAUGCAGCGCCAGCCCCGGCUGCUGCAGCAGCUUGAAGGGCCAGGACGCGCCCUGGAAGACGGAGGCUGAUGCAGGCAGCCUGGGUGCCAGUGGCUCGACCAAGCUGCCACACCAGAGACUCGGCUGCACCGCUGGCGUGUCACCCAGCUUUCAGCAGCACUGUGUGGCCUCCCUGGCCACCAAAGCCUCCUCACAGUAGCCACAGAGCCCAGGACCCAGAGGGGCGGCACGCAGCACAGAGCACACCCGCUGGGCCAGCAGCUCCCACCGGCGAUGCUGCUAAGAAUUCCCAAUGACCUGACGCUUCUAUGUUUUAAUUUCUAACUUGAUUUUCUGAUGUGAUGAUUGGAACGAGGGAGGAAGAUGAAACAGAGCACCAAGUGGUCCGGCCUCGAGGACGAGGGGCAUCUGGCCUGGUUCCUGCUGUUCAGACCUCCUCACUGACUUUACACAUGCUUGUGUUCUCAACACUAGGUCUGAAUGUGAGAUGUGGGGGGUGUAUGUGUGCAUGUGGUUGUCACACGAGUGUGUGUGCACAUCUAUGUCUGUCUGUCUGUCUCUGUGGCUGCUGUGGACCAGGCUUCUGGGGUCCCUUGGAAGGAGACCCAUUCCUGGCUAGGCUAUUGUGGCUCAGCAGGUGAGAGAAGGACCAGUUCCCCUUCUUCCUGCCGUCCCUGGACCUCUCCCUUCUUCCUUUUCCCUCCUCUUGUCUCCUCCGAGGUGAACUCCUGUCCCCCACAUGUGGGGCCAACCCUUGCUCUCCAGAGCCAGAGAGCAGUGGAUCACCCUGGGGAGCUUCAUGCUGGGAGUGUGGGUUGAGACCACCUUCCAUGAAAGGGAUGGGAGAGGAAGCUUCCUGUGGGUUAGCCAAAGCCACUCUGUACUGGCUCCUCAAAGUGCACCAGGCCAUGCCAUCUCCUCCUUCGUGUUCCACCCAGGGACAAGGAGGAAGACUACCUUGGUGGGAGCCCAGGGCUGAGUCUGCUGGUGCCAAAAGUUUGUGCUGGGAUUUUGGGCAGAUCAUUCCACAAAUCUUCAGGCUUCCAUCUCCUCACCUUUCUUGGGUGGCUGAGACCAGAGGCCCGAAGGGCUGGCCUAGACCUCCAGCCCAGAAGGACCCCUGCUUCUCCAUGACGUCAUCCGGGAUGAGGACUGUGGAGGAGCCUUCACUGGGCAUUGUGGCCGCCUGGGCCCCUCUUUAGGUGGGAGGAGGCUGUCCACAAGGCCCAUCCUGUCCACAUGUGUCACUUAUGGCACAGCCUACUGCAUUCAUCACAAGGCCAUCCUGUGUGGGACCUAUGUCCCACCCCAGUCUCACCCUGUCACCACAGCAGCAGGCAAACCAGCAGCUGGCCCCAAGGCUAAAGUAAGGGACACUGCGCUUCCUCCAACCUGAAGGUUGUAGAGUCCUGGACAAGCAGCCCAGGACCCUUGAAGACAAUCUUGUGUCUUAAGAUAACAGCUCAGUUUGCAAAGAGACCGAGGCCUGCGAGUUGUCCUUAGGUCCAGUUAGAUGGAGGACACCAGUGGCGGUGGGGGGGGGGAGCCCCCAGCAGCGCUGCCAGGUGGGAGCUUGGGGGAAGGACUCUUGGAAAUUGAGGGCCCCAGGACUAACCACGUUUACGUGACCUGAACGAUGGACCUGAUCUAUCUGUGCGUCACCUUCCCAGGCCUGACCCUGAGCCCAGUGGGGUGGGAAGCGUGGCCAGGCCUGACCCUGAGUCCAGGGGGCGGGAAGCGUGGCCACCUCUUGCCCUGCUUUGUCUUCAGAAUAAACUACUGAAAUCGA